ACGUGACCCUGUGAUGAGGAAAAAAAGAAAACAUGGCGGACGUGGAGGCAGCGAAGUCUCUGAGCGGUCUGUUGAAUGGAAUAGCUCAGAAAGUUUAUUACAACAACACAGAAAUCACAGAGGAGCUGCUGAAACAUGAGUUAUAUCCCGAACUGUCGCACGAGGAGUUCAAGGCUCUGCACGAGAAGAUGAAAGGUCUCUUAAAGUCCAUCGCCACGGCAGACAUGGACCACGCUCAGCUGGAGGCCUUCCUCACGGCUCAGACCAAGAAGCAGGGCGGUGGCGUGACGGCAGAACAGGCCGCCGCUCUCUCCCGCUUCUGGAAGAGCCAGCGGGUCCGGGUGAGGGAGAGCUUGCUGGCUCAAAGCCGCUGGGAGCCCGGCCUCAGGGGCCUCUCCUGGAGGGUGGACCUCCAGACCGCCGCCAGCCGGGGGGACGCUGCUCACAGCGGCCCCGUCGCUCUGAUGGAGCUGGAGCUGGGCAGGACCGGACAGGACUCAGAGUUUUUGUGUCUGGAGUUUGACGAGGCCAAAGUCAACCAGGUGCUGAAGAAGAUGUCUGACAUCCAGGAGAGCAUCGACAGAAUAGUUCACCGCACCUAAAAACUCUGUGAGAGUUUAUCUCAAGACAGCAGAGAGACAGUGAGGUGUGACUCCGACUAUCUGUGUUUCAUCAACAGUUCAAUAGCCUCACACAGAAACGGGAUUUGUUCAGACCUGUAAAUAACCAGACUGGAUCCAACAUGGCUUCUGCACCUGCCUGCACACUCAGAAAGGACAUGUUAUCUGAUCAACAUGUUAUCUGAUCAACAUACGCGUGCACUUAAAGAUACAACCUGGCAUUUUUUUCCACAAGCUGUCCACGUGUGACUCUGAAGGGUCUGACUUGUUAAAGAGCUUUUAUUGCUUUCUUGAUCUGUUAUAAUUCAAAGUGCAGCACUGAUUUACUGCUGUGUUUCUACAUCAUGUUUUCCAUUUGAGGGAAACCUCUGAUAGGAUGAAGGUUCCUCUCUGACCAAAAGAGAUUAAAAAAAAAAUAUAUACUAAACCGAAGGUGGCCAUGAAAGUUCAACGCACUACAAUGUGCAACAAAUAUUGUGUAUUCAUUCUCUUUUUUCUAAAUUCUGUGCAUGUUUUGUCAAGUUGAUGAUGUUUUAAUCAUUUCCUUUUGUCUUUUUGUGUUUACUGUCGUAGCUUUGAGCUGUCAGCGCCACCGUUUAAACCACCAGUUUGAAUUUUGGGAUUUUUGAAUGAUGCAAAGCAGAAAUAAAUCCUCAAAUAAACACUGCAGUGUAAUGUGAAUGUUA